GCAAGAAGACGUCAAGAUGAAGCCUUUAUUUCUAUUUCGUCCAUCUCUGUUCUUGUUGGUGAUUUUAUCAUUAUUUGUAGUUCCAACUUUCGUUCUAUGCUCUGUUGAUCAAAACCAGCCUGAAUUACUUGAGCUUCCGAAGGUAGUUGGCCCAGAAAGCAUAGCCUUCGAUUGUCGUGGAGAAGGACCGUACACUGGGGUUUCAGAUGGUAGAAUUCUCAAAUGGCAAGGUUCACAUUUGGGUUGGACUGAGUUCGCCGUUGCCUCACCAUACAGGCCGAGGUUUUUAUGUGACGGUUCAACCAACCCAAACUUGGAACCCAUAUGUGGAAGGCCGUUGGGUCUCAAAUUCAACCCAAUAACUUGCGAGCUCUACAUUGCUGAUGCUUACUUUGGGCUCCAAAAGGUAGGGCCCAAUGGUGGUGUGGCCCAACAACUUGCAACUUCUGCUGAAGGCAUUCCUUUUCGCUUCACAAAUGGUUUGGACAUCGAUAGCCGAACAGGAAUGGUUUACUUUACAGACACCAGCAUGAUCUUCCAAAGAAGGGCAUAUAUAGGGUCAACCAAUUCAAGAGAACACACCGGAAGAUUAAUGCAAUAUGAUCCACAAACAAAGAGAGUGACUGUGUUGCUGAGAGGCUUGGCCUUUGCAAAUGGCGUAGCUCUUAGUAAAGACAACUCAUUCCUCCUAGUAGCUGAAUCUACCACCUACCGAAUCCUAAAGUUUUGGCUUAUAGGACACAAAGUCCAUACCUCUGAACUUUUUGCACAGCUAGAAAGAUCCCCUGAUAACAUCAAAAGAAACACUGACGGAGAAUUUUGGAUCGCGAUGAACACUGGUAGAGAUUUGUUUCAUACUCCCAUAGAGAAGUUAGAUCCAGUUGGGAUCAAAGUUGAUGGGGAAGGAAAGGAGGUGGAGGUGCUGGACGGCCAUGGUGGUACCGAGCUUAGUUCGGUUAGUGAAAUUGAGGAACAUGAUGGAAGACUGUGGUUAGGUUCGGCAUUAAAGCCAUACAUGGCUGUCACUAAACUUUAGGAUGUCCAUCCUUUUAUACUACCAGAUACUUUGAGUUAAUACUUUGUAAUAAAAUAUGUUUUGUUUAUUGUUUCGUUAUG